GCAUGCGAUAUACACACACACGCCUGUAUAUUUACUAUUCCAGGAUUCCUCACACAAACGGGUAGCCAUUCGAGAGAGUGGUGGUUUAUUGUGGCUCAUGCGUCAAUGGAGAGAAGGGUGGUUUUCACAGCGAUCAAGACGCAUCCGAUGAUCCGAACUGUAAGCAUUGUAGUAAAUCUGUUGCUGGUCCGAUUCGUAUUCUUCGCCGAAGGUAUUUUCAUUGAUUCGGCUAAGAGAUUCACAAUUAGACCUGAUCCCAAACUUGGCCCUGCUCUUUUUUCGAUCGUUGCUCGAGUGAGAAGACAAAAGGUCCUAACUCCCCCAUGGAAGCCUUCUUUCAGAAAGAAGCAAGCAGAUCUUUUGCUCCCCCCAGAUUUUGCCGAAGACUUUCCAGUUGCAAUGCAGGUUGUCCAACGUUUCCAAGAACUAUUUUCCCAAACAAAGUACAAAGAACCUGCAGAACUUGCCGCCGAGUCCCCCCAAGGAAUCCUCCGAACACCGGACACAGUUGCCAAAUUCCAAGUUUUACAUAGUGUUCCUGUCCAAGCUGGGCAGACGCCACCUCUGUUGCAGCAUUUCGGGACACUUUUGACAAAAGGAAAGCUCAAUUCUUUUGAGUCGAUGGAAUUAUCACGCCUUGUUGUGAACCAAAAUAAAAAGAAUCUUUUGGAGAAUUGGUUGGCAGAGGAUAAGCUGGAAUGCAGAGAGGAACUACGGGAUCUCGUGAAGACUGGAUAAUGAUCUCGCAUUGAAAAUAUAUUUUAAAGCCAGAGCAACUUCAAAAGUCGCUGCUUUUGCUGAACAGGGGAUUUGAUAAAAUUUUGAUAUAUUCAAAACAGGCUGGGUACAGUCCAGAUUAACUAUUCCUUCUGCAGACAAUCCUUCGUUCAAAUCCUCGGGGAGCUGUUAACUUUGCGCUAAUGUUGUCUCAAAUGGAGGGAGGUUGUCGAGUUGAUUACAAUACCAUAACAGAUCUCUUUCUUCACGUUUGUUGUCUCUAUUGAAUUUGAGUUGGUAUAUUAAUGUAAUAAUAAGGACAUGUGAUUUUCCGUUGUUAUUGCUUUAAUUUUUUUUAAUAUUGACAGGCUUCAUAGGGGUAAAUUGAUUUUCAUUUUUGCUUUCAA